UUUUCCAUUGAGUUUGCUCUUACUACGCUAUGUCGUCAUCAUACAAUUGAAAAUAGAAAGAAACCAUUUACACUUCGCAUCUUUUGAGUUCAGUUUUAUAAUCGAAUCAUUUGUUAAAUCUGAUUUAAUUUCUAAUAAAUUGCACAUGAAGUACAAGGUUUUUUAAGUCGGCGGACCGUCAGUUGUUGCUCCCCGGACGUGUUUGUACGGAACGCCGCUGUCAGACAAACGGGCAGCUAGCUAGCUAGCUAACGUAACGGAGCUCCAGUCUCAGGCAACAUUUGGAGGCUCCCUGAGGAAGAUGAGCACCAAACAGGUCACCUGCCGGUACUUCCUGCACGGCGUGUGCCGGGAGGGCAGCCGCUGCAUGUUCUCUCACGACCCGUCCAGCAGCAAGCCGUCCACCAUCUGCAAGUUCUACCAGAGAGGAGUCUGCGCCUACGGAGAACGAUGCAGGUACGACCACAUCAAACCGGCGUACCGGGGAGGGGGCGUGGCUUCAGAGAACAAGGCGGGCCUCGGAGGCGGAGCCUCAGUCAGACCCGACGCCAGGAAGCCGAUGAGAGACGCUCAAGGUCAACACGCGCUCGUAAAGUGUCCGCGACGGCGUUCGGCUCGAAUGAUCAGCGGCUCGUUUGUGUCUUCAGUGGGCCAUCUGGACGGCACCUUCGGGGGGACUCCGGAGGCGCCGCCCGCUUCCUCUCACUCGUACGUGGACGCCAUCAGGACGGGCCUGGAAGCGUCGGCUCCGGAACAAGCGCCUCCCCAGAUGGGCGGAGCCUACCGGGACUUUCCCCAGCUGUGUCCGUACGCCGCCGCCGGGCGCUGCUUCUACCGGGACGACUGCCCGUAUCUCCACGGCGACCGGUGCGAGGUGUGCCGGCUGCACGCCCUGCACCCGCACGACGCCGAGCAAAGGCGGGCCCACGAAAAGAUUUGCCUGCUGGCCUUCGAGAGGGACAUGGAGAAAGCCUUCGCGGCGCAGCUCAGUCAAGACAAGGUGUGCUCCAUCUGCAUGGAGGUGGUGGUGCAGAAGGCCAUCCCGUCGGAGCGGCGCUUCGGCAUUUUGUCCUCGUGCUGCCACGUCUUCUGCUUGGCGUGCAUCCGACAGUGGCGGUGCACGCGCAACUUCAGCAACAAGAUCAUCAAGUCGUGCCCGGAGUGUCGCGUGGUCUCCGAGUUCGUCAUCCCCUCCGUGUACUGGGUGGAGGAGCAGGAGGACAAGGACAACCUGAUUGAGCUCUUCAAGUCCGGGGUCAGCAAGAAGGCGUGCAAAUACUUUGACCAGGGUCGCGGUUCCUGUCCCUUCGGGGGGAAGUGUUUGUACCUGCACGCCUUCCCGGACGGGAGCCGGGCGGAGGCCGAGAAGCCGCGCAAGCAGCUCAGCUCGGAGGGGAACGUCCGGUUCAUGAACAACGUGCGUUUGUGGGACUUCAUCGAAGAGCGCGAGCAGCACCCCGGCGGCCGCCCGCUCCCGUCGCUGGAUGAUGACAUGACGGAGCUGCGUGAGCUCUUCAUGCAGAUGUCGGCGCCGGGACACGACGGGCCCGAGGCCGGCCAGGAACACCAACAGCAGCAGCAGCACCAGUAGAAGUAGAAGAAGAAGAAGAGCGUUGUCAGCUAAUUAAAAAAAAAAAAAAGCGGGUGCGAGCGGCCACUUCCUGCCUGCGCGCUGCGACGUGAAUAUUUCAUCUAUUUAUAGACGUUAGUCAAGUCUGAGCAGCUUUGAAAUGAUUUGUGCUCUUUUAUCCUUCGUGUACGUCCUCAUCUUCAUCACAAAUAAAAGAGAUCGCGAGAUUGUU